UUAUUGGCCUAUCUCAGACAUCCGGAGGUAUAUAGCGCCCGAUAGCAGUGGACAUUUUCAAGGUGUGUAACUGAGCAGGAAAAGUUAAUAUGAUAGGCCUAAUUUAUUAAAUUUUUUCCUUCAAUGGAAUAAGAUUAGAGGUUUUAUGGUCAGGAGCAAUAUUUAGCAAUAUUUAGCAGUAAUUCCAAACGGAAAUGGAAAGUAUGGAAGCAAAAAAUUGAAAGGCAAGACAGUGUGUGCAUAAUCUUGUUCCUGAUAUUUAAAGUUCCUUUUCCUGUGCAAUUUUAAAGAAAACAUGAAUCAGAAUUCUUUGAAAAAGCAGGAUCAUAUUAAUAAAACCCCAAUUGAAGGGUUUUUAGCUCAGAUGAAAGUGAGAAUGAUUAAAGAUAGCUCAUGUCAGAGUGACCAAAACUCAUCUGGCAUGAUGAGUACUGGUAGCAGAUGUAGUUCAGAAAAUGAAACCAAUCCUUAUGUGUUGGGGGAUAAUUUAAAUUCCAAUACCACUGGAAAUCUGAAGAUCAAGAAUUCAUUCCAAGAAAUUAAAGCUAAUAGCAGUAAUAGCCCUCUGCACCUUUUUGAACAAGAACAAAAGCUACAAUGUCACCAAAUUCCAGAAGAAGCUCAGCACUAUGACACUGGACCAUUGCUUUCUCGGAUGGACAAACAUGAAUUACCGAAGAGGCCAGAUAUGAAUGGGUGGAGCAUAGCAGGACACAAUUGCAAACCAUACACCAGUGCAAACCCCUUUUGUCCAUCAGAAUCGCCUUCCACCGUUAUAGGCGAUCCAAUCUUCCACCAAACUUACUCUAGCAUUUCCAAAAGACCUAGAUCAGAUAGUUUGUCUUCUGCAUAUGAUUCAUCUGUAGAUAAAAAAAGCUGUAAUGAGGAACCCUCCCAAUUGUCAUGUUCACUCAAACGGCUCUCAAGAGAGGAACUGGAGCGGAUUAUAAUGGGGCAUAUGGCUGGCUAUUUUUCUACCUACAAACCGUAUGUUGACGUGGAACGGGAAUUGGAAAACUGCAAAGAAAAGGUCGAACAUUUGCGACAAAAGAACAACUUACUUAGCAAAGAGGUGGCAGAUCUGAGAAUCGUAAUCAAAUCAUUCGUGACUCAGAGUGCAACCCGGUUUGAACGACCAACCAAAAGAUAUCGUUCUGUUGGUGUUCAAGUAAAAGCUUUAAGAAGUUUUGACGACAUUAAAUUAGAGGAAAAAGGUUUCCAAGCAUACUCCAUUGAAAAAAGGAAUGAAGGAAGUAGAUCUGUUCCUCCAAAUCAUGAGACGCCUGCAUCGCAUUAUCAAUUUGAACGAAAUGGAGAAGUUUCUUCGAUAGUUUCUCAAAGUAGGAAAAACACACCCCUGAAAGAAUUUACAGAUACUGAAAGAAUAAACGGAAGGCAACAUUCAAUGAGAAAUAAAACUGAGGAAGUUGAAGAUGAUGACCUUAUGGUGAUGUUUGUGAAGCCGUCUAAUCCUUCCCAGUCUGGCGAUUCAGGAGCAGAGCACACGUCCAUUCCUUCUGCCUCUAAAACAUUUGAUCAUUCGACGGAAUCGAUUGUACCUAAACCGGUUGUUACCGUAACAAAAACAACUGAAAAUUCUUUUCCUGCCAUUCGCAUCUCUUGGAAAAUCGCUGAGGAACCAUGUUAUGCUAAAGUAGCUUCAUAUUGUGUUUUUCUGUUGAAAGAAACUAAGAACGGUUUCGGUGAAAGUUGGAAUUCAAUUAGUGGAGACAUUUCACGAAAGUCGUGCACUUUGCGUAUGGGCCGCGCUGACAAGUUACGAAAAAACUACAAUUUCAAAGUCAGGGCAACAGACGUUCACGGGCGGCCCGGCCCAUUUAGUGACGUGAUGGUCGUCACCUUCCCGUAAUAAACCCGACAGUCUACGAGUCUGAGCUCAUCAAUCUUAAUCGUUCGCUUUAGUUAAAUCUUUCUGAUUAGGUCAAUCACGAAUUCUGACUUCGUAAUUAACUCAGAGUACCUUAUGCAACUGUCUUUGAGCUAGAUUUUGGUUUCAUUGCUAAGUACAUGUGAAUUUUGUGUGGAACCAUUAAUAAAGAUUAAUACUGAAUUUAAAAAAAA